UCAGUGUCAAUUAUUUGUAAAAUAAAUGUCAAAUAAUAAAUUAUUAUUUUUUCCAAAUAAUUUUCAAUAAAAGUUUUUUUUUUCUGAUAAAAACAAUAAAAUGGCUCAAACGGCGGGCGUCAAGCCCAUGGCCAUUGCUGGUCGUGUAGCUUCGGAAAGAGAAAGAUGUAUAGGUAUGACUGAUGCCGAAAGGGCAUGGCGCAAGCAGUGGUUAAAAGACCAAGUAUUGGCUUCAAACGAACCUGUUCAUGUUGAGGAAUACUGGAGAGAACGCACUAAUCCCAUACGUCGUAUCUAUCGUAAACCACUUGAUGUCCUAUUUACAACGCUUGCUCCUGUGCUGGGACAACAGCGUGCCGCUGAUUAUAGAUACAUAACAGGGAAACUUGGUCUUAUUGCAGUUGGUGUCCUGGCUGUCCAUUACUAUUUUAAGUAUCAAGGAAAUGACUGGACUAAAAAGGGAGGCUGGAGAAUGACUCGAACAAAACCUAUGGUGCUGCCGGGACAACCAGGAUUUCCAUAUAAAUCCGAACGUUGCAAAGAUUCUGAUUAUGCUGACAGAGGUUUCAGCAAAUCUGUAUUUGGUUCAAAGUAGAUCAUAAUGUUACCAUUGAAAAUAUAAAGUAGACAAUUUACCAAUAUAAAAUAUUUAUUCGAACUUGAAUGAAAAUAAAAUAAACUUGAGUUAUUUUAAGCAAAGUGUAUUCCUUCUGAAUUAAAUGCAUGUAACAAUUUCAUGAAAUCAUCAAUGUCCAUUGUUCUUGCCCUCAUCUGGUCACAUUCAGCUUCAGUUAAAAUUUGUUGCACCUUUUCUUUUAUGUCAAAAUCCUCUGAUAUUUCCUAAAAAAAAGAGAUAAUAUUAUGUAUAAUGAAAUUAUAAACCAAAUAAAAUAAAUUACAAGCAGAGUCCACAAUUUUAUGUUCAUAGCUCCCAUUCUCUUGGGAAUAUGGAGAUAAAGUGUAGCCUAUGUUCAUCAGGGGUAAUGUAAGAUUCAAAUGGUGAAAGAAUUUUUCAAAUUGGUCUAGUAGUUUUAAAAUUAUAUUAAGUAACAAUGCAGUCUUAAGAUGGAAGCAGGCUUACUUGGAAGAGAUACAAGUUAUUUUGACCCAUAUCUCUGGUAGUUGCUACUACAUGUUAACCCUUAAGCCUAGUUCCAACUACUUUAGUAUUUUAAUUGAGUAUGAUAUUUUGGCAUUAAAUCAAAAAAUUGUUUGUACUCGACUAAAGUAGUCUAAACUAGGCAUUAGGGUGGUAUCAAGCCAAGCUGAAUCCUACCAGGCAACAAUGCAUAGGCAAUCUUUUUACUUCUAUGACUGGUAUUUGGAGCUUAGACCCACCACACAGCUUCAUGUCAGUUGGUAGGUAUUACUUAUUUUUUUGAAAUAUAUGCUAUAUUUAUUAAAAGAAUAAACCCAGUUAUUAUUA